CAAAAAGCGAGGAGUGUAAUUUGUAUUUGAUGAAAUUGAUCGUAAUGCAGAAAUGUGUAGGGAGUGCAAGAAAGCGGGUAAGGAAAUAGUAUAUUGAAACAGAAAUGAUGAGCAUAAUCGGAGAGGAGAACUGUAGAUGUAAAAUUUGUGAUAAGCUUUUCUCUAACGACAGUCAACUUAAAACACACAUGGCGAUUCACACCAGUGAGAAACAUUUUAGAUGUGAUACAUGUGAUAAAACAUUUCCUUACCUUAGUGAACUGAAAAGACAUAUCCGCAUGCACACUGCUGAGAAGGAUUAUAAAUGUAUUAAUUGUGACAAAACAUUUCUUAGUCCGUCUUAUCUUCAAAGGCACAUGUCAAUUCACAAUGGUGUAAAGAACUUUGCAUGCGAAAUAUGUGAUAAAUCUUUUAGUAUCAAAAGUAAUCUAAAAAGGCAUAUGCUGAUAAUUCACAGUGGCGAGAAAAAACAUAAAUGUGAAAUUUGUGAUAAAGCAUUUGCCCAUAGAGACUACCUUACAGUGCAUUUGAUAAUCCACACAGGUGAGAAGAAAUACAAAUGUGAAAUUUGUUCUAAAUUAUUUACCCAACGAGGUCAACUCAAGGCACAUAUUCCAACACAUGCCGGUCAGAAGAUUCAUAAAUGUGAAAUUUGUUUUAGAACAUUCCCAUAUGCAAGCAGACUGCAAAAACAUAUAAGCACUGCAAAUCACACUGGUGACAAAAAGUUUACAUGUGGAAUUUGUGAAAAAUCAUUUCUUCUGAAACACCACCUUAGUACCCAUUUACGAAUACACACAGGCGAGAAGAAUUUCACUUGUGGAGUUUGUGAUAAGUCAUUCCGAUUUAAAAGUAAUCUUAAAAGUCAUUUGAAAAUUCACACUGGCAAAAAGAACAAUGUAUGUGGGGUUUGUCAAAAAACCUUUUACGAAAUUGGUGAUCUCAGAAAACAUAUUGAGAUUCACAUUGGAACUAAGCAAUAUAAAUGUGAUCUUUGUGGUAAAUCAUUUGCUCAGAAUUCUGGACUUCGCAAGCACAUGACCAUUCACAUGGGUAUCAAGAGACAUAAAUGUGAAAUAUGUGAUAAAAUGUUUUUGGAGAGCAGUAAACUUAAAAGACAUAUGACCAUUCACACUGGUGAUAAAAUGUCUAAGUGUGAAAUAUGUGAUAAAUCAUAUUCUCGAAGUGAUUCCCUUAAAAGGCAUAUGCUGAGUCACACUGGUCAUUGAAGUUAUACUUAUCAUAUAUAGUAAUAAAGUAGAUUAACUCAGUGAUGUAA